AGAUUCAAAAUGUUUAUAAAUAAUGUCUCAUGAUUGGUGGCAUUUACGUAAAAGCUUAAGACUUACCAUCUGGUGGGGUUAGGGGAUGGAGUCACCGCCUUCUUUCUCAACACAAUCUGAGGCGCCUCCGUUAAGUGAAGAUAGUGGCUUGCUGAUUACAAGUGGUUCAUUUUCAAGUGAUUCCGCUAGUGGAUGGCAUCACGUUGCAUCCGAGUUGCAGGAAAGUGACUUUGAUGAGAGGUCACUGUCACUUUGUGAGUCUACAGAUGCCUCUGAGCGCAUGUGUGGUGAUUUUUUUAAUACGGUGAAAAAAGGCCCAGCCAAAGUAAUACUUACUACAAUCGAGCCCCCGCCAGAAUUCCAGGACAAUCCUGUUCGAAUCAAUGAAGACACGUCAUGUACAGCUGUCUUUGUACCUCCAACUGUUUUGUGUACCCAUGAAUCCACAAACAAGCCUAAUUUCUCCAGUCUAGAUAUACCGAUGACUACAAGACAUGUUUCACCAUUGUAUCCCAGGAAAUUAAAACCAGAAACAUUAUAUGAACGACGGCAGUGUUUAAAUCACCGAUUUGCAAGCCCAAGACUUCUGCAUCUCAGCCCAUGUCGCGCGAACAGGCCCUCUUCCCGCAACUCCUUGUCUUCUCGCCUCUCUAGCAGUCACAAUUCACUUGUUACUCAGUUUCAAGCAGACGACUCGAGUUUCAUAACACAAGCUAUUUCACAUGACACGUUAUCUGCAAAAACGUCAGAUAUUACGGAUAUGUACAAUGUCCCAUUCGACAGCGACAUUUAUGCAGUACCCAUUGAUAUGGUCCGACCUAAUCAUAACAAUAAUAUGAGAAAUAAGGGAAAGCGACCCCCAAGAAAUAACAAGAAACGUGGAAAGAGCACACCUCUCGGUGUAGGUUUAAGCAAUUAUCCGCCAGAGAGAAAUCACAAAUCAAAAGACACGACGAGACAUAAGGACGUAAAAAGUAAACGACACAGUUUACCUAGUUCUUCUGUUAAGAAAAAUGCGACUGAUUCAGACACAGAUUCUUUACAUUUGACUCUUCGCGAAAUGAGAAAGUAUCUGCACACGCUUUAUUCUAGUUCCAGUGACUCGGAAUGCAGGAACACCAUCAACAAAAAGAGUAAUGCCAUCAUAACAAACGUCGCUAUACACACGAGGCACGCAAAAGAUGCUAACGCGACAGUGCUGCUGAAAGAGAGCAAUGAGAUAACGAAGUCGAUGGAGACGAACAAUAAUCACAAAAAGUCGAGCAAGAAUUCGUUUGGUAUGAAUGCGAAGAAUAAGAAGCAUAAAGAGAAUAUACCGAAGGAUUUGAUAGAGGUAGAUAAGAGUGAGAAGGGAUCGAAGAAGUCGUGUCAGAGUCAGAAGACGAAGAUGUCUCCGGUGCGGAUUUUGUCGUUGAAUUUGAAGCAGAGUUUUUGUAAUUUGUUUCGCUGGCGGAGGCAGCCGGCAUCGGAGGGCCCGGAGGGGUCGGAGGUGGAGCGGGUGGAGGGCGCCGCGUCGCCGCCGCCCGCCGUGCGCCGGGCGCUGCCCCCGCUGCCCCCCGCGCCGCACUCCUCGCGCCGCCGCGCCAGCGAAGAGGAUACAGUCAUGGACUUUGCUACCUCUUUACAGAAAGUCAAAGACUAUGGCUGGUACUGGGGUCCGAUAUCAGUGGAAGCUGCCGAAAAAAUUCUGUCCAAUGAGCCGGAUGGUUCAUUCAUUGUGAGAGAUAGUAGUGACGACCAUUAUAUAUUCACUUUAACGUUUAAGUUAAAUGGACUUAGACAUGUAAGGAUUGAACAUGAUCAGGGUAACUUUUGCUUUGGUGGCUGUACGAUGUUCAAAGCGCAGACGAUCGUGGAGUUCAUCGAGAAUGCGGUGGAGACGUCACGCAGCGGGCGCUACUUGUUCUUUUUGAACCUGCGGCCGGUGUUGGGACCUGUGCGCGUCCAGCUGCUGUAUCCUGUCUCCAGGUUCAAGCGUGUGCAGAGCUUGCAGCACAUGUGCAGAUUUGUGAUAUUAAAGUAUGUACGACGAGACCUCAUAAGUAGCCUGCCACUGCCGCGGCGGUUGGUGGACUAUCUGAGCGCGACGCACUACUACUCAGAGCUCCUCGCAGACAUCUGAACACACCAAACGUGAUAGGAUAAGCUAGCAUUACUAUAACUAUAGUUGUAAUCCCUAACACCAUCUUUUAUACAUUGACCUUCACAUUAAUAUUUAUAAUCAAUUUAUUUUAAUUACAGUAGGUACAUUGCAAUGAAAUCUUUUUAAUAUAUUUGUAUAAAUUAUUAUUUCACAUGAAAUAGAUAUUAUUUUAUUAUUAUAUGAUUUGGUAGACUUUUAUAUCUGGUAAUAAAUUAUAAAUUAGAUAAGUGCAUAGAUAGAUACCGGUCUUCGUGCCUCAUUCACUUUAUAUUUAGAUAAACUGAGCUUUGAAGUUAUAACCGUAGCAUCACGUCAGUUUAUACUAUAUAUAAAAUACACCCAAACGCUGCUACAAACAUAAUCGUGCAUAUAGUAUUUUGUAUCGCUAUACAUAUUCAUAUACUACAUAUUUAGAUUGGCUAAGUGCGACCUAAGCAAUCCUAGCAAGUACAACAUUAUUUAUUACAGAAUAAAUAGAGUAAAUUUGUUAUAGACAAGCAUAUGGAUUCUUUCAUACAUUUUGGCCUAUUAUUUAAAUGUAAAUUAUGUGUAAUGUAUGUAUAUUCUUAAAUAUGCGUUACUUUUAUUUAUUUUGUGGUUGUGUGGUAGAAGCACUUAGUAAUAGUAUAAAUUGUUUCAGAUUUUAUAUUUUAACAUGUAUGUAUAUUUAUGGAGAUGAAUUUGUAAUUUUGUACAUAUAAGUAAUAUAAUUUAAGAUUUAAUUAAUUUUUAAUGUAAUAUAAUUUUUAUGUUGAGUCUGACAAAAAACAAGUGGUACCGUUUGGCAAGAGGAAAGUAAUAACGUAUUAAAGAUCUUGUUUUGAGUCUCAUUUGGUCUCAGGAUGUAUAAUUAUCGAAAAACAGACCGAUUAGGAUUUUCGGCACUUUUUUGUCUGUAUAUUUAAAUAAUUUUAGUGUAUUUAGUUUAAAAUACCACUUUUUACAAAUGAGUACCACUUAAUUAACGUAAAUAAUGAUAGGCACGUUCAUGUUAUUUUCUAAAAUAGGGGAAAUUGCACUCGGUGUCGGUUUUUGUCAGGCUUUACGUAUUUUUACAUGUUCGUGGACACUUAACAUGACGGUUGUAAUUUGCUAUACAAAAUUAAUGCGCGGUCCGUUUGUCAAGAAAAUGUUUUGGUAUGAAAUAGGUACUAAUGUUGAGAAAACCUCAACUCUAGCGCAAAUGAAAAUAACUGUUGGUAUACUAUGGCUGAGUUGCAUCACCUUAACUAUAACUUUAACUGUUGUUUUUGUAUGGAGUUUGACAGUCUUUUGACUAAAUAUUGUUAUAGUUAAAGUAAGAUGGUGCGGCCCAGGGUAAAUACUCUCUAACUAAUCCAUGGCAAACAAAAAAUUUGACUUGAGCAUUUUGAUUAAAUGUUCAUGUACAACUGUUUUCAAUACUCUAAGAGUCUUUCUCAGCAGUCACGAGCUCUUAAUGAAUAAUGUAAGUCUUUUGGUCUACAAAACCUACAGAGACCCAUUUGGAAGGAUUCAUUGGUUUUCUCUCAGUCUAUCGAAGCUAUUGUCGCGUGACGAGAGUUGAGGCCACAGAUCACAGAAACUAAAGAGAGAUGAGAAAAGGGGGCGGGGCCAGUGUCGCGACAAGAUUUCCAAAAACAGAACACAUUGCUCGCGACAGCAAUGAUGACAGCAGCGACGUUAUUUAUGUGUAAACAGUUUAUAUUGAUUGCGUAGUACUAAAGAUUAUUCGAACGUUGAGUACUGAUACCGCAGUAGAUAAUGAGAAAAUUCAAACUAACAGAUUACAUUCGAUCGUACGUCACUGCGGACUGCGUAUGUAUUGGUGCUGUACGUACAUUACUUGCAAUGUGUGCAUGACACACUCUUCGCGACGUAUUGUUUUUAUUUUGAUUACUUUGUGUGUGUGAAUUUCUAAUGCGACACUGCGUUCCGAACUCGGCGCAUUAGUUGGCAUCUCUCUAGAUCUCUAUGGUUGAGGCCAUCUAACUAGUAGCACAGAAUAGUAAUAGUUUAUUGUCUUUACAAUGCAAAUGGGUGAAGAGGAGAGAGAGAAGGAGGUGAAGUCGCGCGUGUUUUGUUUUCGAUGCAAACUCGCGGAGAUGAACACGCCUGCUAGUAGCAAAUGAUUUGUAUAUGCGUGUCGCGCUGACGUCUUGCAUAAUGCUGACUGAUUUGUUCUGUAUUCUAAUAUUACAUCAGUGUAUGUGUUCACCUCAACUUUUAUUUCGCGACCAAUACUUGUUUGUUAUUUUGAUUUACGCUGGAAAUGGGGUUAUUUUCUACGAAACAAUCGCAAAUUUUGAUUUUCUUAACAUAUUAUUACAAAGUUCUGUUGCAAAGUAAUGUCCACGAACGUUUUAACGUUUUCAAAAUUUUAAUUAUUUAAUAAACUGUUGACAUCUUGCAGGCAUUAUUUUAAGUCCAACUACAUUACUUCACUCUAUAUAUUUUUAAUGAAAUUAAAUGAUAAUUCACUUUUUUUAAUCAUAUACAAAUGCCCAGUGCUUGAUUAAGUAUUUGGUUAGUUUUACUUUUGUCACUAUUGGCCCGCUAUACGUUUUUCCGCGUAAUGGAUUGCACGUCAUAAUGCCUGCACUAUGCCAGAAACUUUGAUUUACCAAAGAUAUUCGUUAUUUUAACAUGGUUGCAUUAUAUCAUUAUUGUGCAUUACAUGUAUUGUAAGUUAUUUUAUUUGCUUUAUUUUUUAUUCCCAGAUUAUAUUGCCUUCAUAGUAUACCAUCGUGACGUAACAUUUAAGACGUACCAUUAAGGUAUUACAAACAAAUACAUAUCACCUUAACAGUUCGAAUAAUAUUUUAAUAUUUUUGUGUAACUUGCUUCUACAUAAAUUAAUACUUAGUAUUAAUGUGGUUUAUAAUUUCUAGUUAUAUUUUAGAAACCUGCCAACAUCAAGAAUGUCACGCCUUUAAUUUCGACACAUUACUCGUAUUGAUGGUUGUCACGUUUUAUUAAUAUAAAACGAGAAAUCGUUUAGUACAAAUGUACCUCAUAAAUCUCGGCGCUGCCUAGAAUAGUAAUCGUUCAAUACAUCCAAAUGGUUGUCAUUUAGUGUUAUGAACUUAAGACCUCUUGAUGAUAAGGGGAGAUAGUGUUGUGGCUGUUUUAAGUAAACCAUACUUACAUAAUAUUGUUACUAGGGAUAUACAGAGUGGUAUAGAUCGUUUCAUCCACGAAGACGCGCCUCCCACCACUUUUUGGUCGGGGGAAGCGCAGUUUGAUCCGAACAAUCCGAGCAUCAUUGUUGGCAUUGGCAGCGUUGCAAUUGGAUAGUUGUUCGUGAGUGCGCGCGCACACUACAAUGAUGACGCUCGGAUUGGUCGGAUCAGGCUCCCCGCAUCCCGCGCUUCCCUCGACCGGGGAGUGGUGGGGCGCGUCUUCGUGGAUGAAACAACUAUAGCUUCUCUAUCAAUUGACUUUGAAUGACCGAGCACGCUUUCUAAUAACCGGAAAAUCCUCAACUCGUAUCGAAAGAUUACGAGUAACGAGAUUGAUUAUGGCUGUGCGACAUAAUGCAUUACACUUAUAUUCUAAAUAUUUACGUCACGAAUGAAAUGAUUAUUAUGUAUAUGACACCGUCUACUUACGAACUCAAUACUUUAGUCAUGUGAAGUUAAUACUUACUUAAUAAUUCAUAGUAAUAUACCGUGUAUUGUGCGUUCCCGCAGAAAAUAGAUUUGUACUUAUUUUUUGUAAAAAUGACUAUAAUAAGGUAAAAUAUGGCAACAGAGCUCUGAAUAAAUUGCAUACUGAUAGGGUGUAAAUGUUAUGACUACAACACUAGUGUUUACGAUCUAAAGUCCUUCGUGAUAUUCGAUGCAUUUCGCAUUGAUGACGUCAUAGAUUGUAUUAUGUUGCUUGUUUUUUUAUGUAACAAAGAUUCUUUUAGUUCUACUUCAUUGACACGCCACGCCGCCGCGCCGGCUUGAUUGUUGCAUCGCAUUGAGCAGAGUAUUUUACCCCUCCUUAGCAGGAAUUGAUUUAUUUCCAGUAUGUAAUGAUUUUAAAUUAUUAUUUUAACUGCAUUGAAUUAUUUAAAGCACUAAUACGCACAUGAGUACAAAUAGAAUUCUUGCCAAUAUAGCGUAAUGAAUGAUAUAAUACUACUAUAGCAAGUUAGAUACGUAUGUAUAUUGGUGGCUUUUAUACAUUAUACUAUUGUGUUAUGUAGCUAAAGUGAAUAAUCGUAGUUAAAAUAGUAAUCUAUAUGUUUCAAACACAAGUGCGUUGUAAAAAAUAAACCUCACAGGUAUAGAUGAUAAAACGUUAUAUACAUACAUUUAUAGCUUGCAAGCAUUUGAUAGAAUUAUAUGUAAGGGGUCUCAUUGGGAUUUAACAUUAAUUUUGUAUUGGUUUACUGCCGGCGUACACACUGGAGCACGUAACUGCAUGCUGCGCCCGUAAGAAAUUAGUAGUUUGCAAAGUAUUCCGAUGUUUGACUAGAGUAAUAUAAUUCAGAUACACAUACUCUAAUGUAAUACAUAUAUCGCCUCGCCAAUUUAUAACAAUUGAUAUUAAAAUAUUUUUAUGAAUGUUGUUUACACAUAAGUAAUUAAUUUCCGUGUAAUGGGAGUCAAAUGUCUUGUUGUGGUUUAUUGUGGUGCACACAUACAUACUUUGACCAAUUUAGUGUAAACUUAUCGAUCGGUUUCAAUAACGCAAUAUGUGAUUAAUGUUCAAAUCUCAAUCAUGUAGGUAAUUUGUAUUUAUACUAAUAAUGCUGGAAUAGUGAUUUAACGACGUUACCUGUUGCAUCUGUGACGGGUCGGAUCUUGGGCCAAUAUUGACACUUGCCGUAAGGGGUCGCCUACCGCGUAAUACAUUGGGAUGCGUACUACAAAACCACGUGAAACUAGAUUCAAUCUUAGUCAUAGAUUGUCCUGUGAUUGGUCAAAUCUAUUGACGCGAGACAGAGUUCUGAUGCUGUUCUGCCGUGUAGCGUUAAAGUAGCACGUCUUUGGCGGCCCUUAGCUUGGCGGCGAUCGUCGUCGUGUGGGCAAUGUGUAACAUUGGUCCAUUCAGGCCCUAUCCUGCGGAAUUUUUAUGACUUAUCUACACUUAUGAAAUAUACAAAAUCUAAAGAAAAUUAGUAUUAACCAGUAUAUUAACGCCCAGUUAUAAUAAUAAUCAGAUGAAUAAUGAUACAUAAUUAUAAGAAUAGCGAUAAUGUGAUCUUUUUCAAAAUACCAAUUAGCUGGCUGUGGGUUGGCUAAAGCGAAUAUGCAUAUUAUUUACUCAACAAUAUAACGUUAGUUAAAUGUAACUAUUGCUACCGCCAAUUAAUAUAAUCUUAUACUGAACAAACGUAUGGUUCUGAUUAAAGAUAAAAUCAAUGUAAUAGAUAAUCACAUAAUGUAGCUGUCGAUAUGUUUUUGUCGAAUUGUCUUAUGUAGGUCAGUAUGUAGCUCAUAAUCUAGGAUACUGUCGAAUGAAGUAUUUUUGUCACGUCAGAUACAUACAUUGAAUAAACUAUUAGAUAUUUUGACUCAUUGAAUUGCAACUAUUGUUGACUAUACGUUUGAUAACCUUAUUUGCAUAGCAAUUACAAAAAUAAGCGUUAUUACAGAAAUAGAGUCGUGUAGAAACCUAUACUUCAGAAUAAUGAACACCAAUAUUAUAUUAAGUGUACCAGCUUUUUCAUUUAUCAUGUUGUUAUAAAUCUUAAUAUUGGGGAGGCAAAAUAUAGUUAAGGCAAUAUAUCGUCAACUAGUUCUAAGCUACUUUGUGAUAUAUUCAAUAUCAGUUAUUAUAACUUUCACCUCAUAAUUAUAUUAUGUUUAUUAAAUCUAUGAAUUUCACUCAUCCUGUCAAUUUAUAUGUAUUUAUAUGAAACUUCACCAAGUCUAUUUACCAGUUUUACAUACAAGUUUUUUUAUUGCCAGUAGAUUAUGUGACGUUAAAUAUGCAAAGUAAUAUAUAUGAAGCAUUGUGUAUCAAAUUAUAUGAAGUCUAAUUUUUUCAUAGUUUGGCUGUCGUGCAUACAUAAUAUAGGUAACCAAAAAAUUAGCACAUGUCGACAUUAUAAAUCGAAUAAGUCAUAUUUCUGUUACAGGAAUAUACACUAUAACCUACACCAUUUUUAUUCACUUGUGUAAUGUAUAGUUUCACUUGAGUUACAAUAAACUUUUAAUUCACAUUGUCUCGGUUGGCUUUACAGUGCCCUAUAUGUGAUGUAACUCAUAUUCUAAAUAGGUAAGGAUCUAAUAGUCAGAAGCAAGAAAAGAGUGGAUAAUUUACAUGCCUGCAAUACAAUUUUAUACGAAUAUACUAGGUAUUGUCGAAUGAGAUGAAACGGACGGUCAAACAUCUUCAUUGUUAUAAUAUUAAUCAAUUACAAAUUGUAAAGUGCUCUUAACUUGCUUAAAAUUUAAUAUGGACUAGCCAAGGCAUACUUUAUAGUUCUUUCUUGCUCUGACUACACUAUUGUUUUGUUGAUGCCUUCCCCAAGUAAGAGCUAUUUGAGUCCGUAACAUGGUAGGUUAAAUACACCGAUUGUGAAAACUUGUGACAAAUUUACAUAAGGAGUACUUAUUUUCUCGUGGUAUAGUACGAGUUAUAAUAUUAAGUACUUUUGAGUCUUAUCUGCAGUGAUAUCUUAUAUUUUUCUUAGAAGUUUUUUCUGUACUAGAAUUAUUCUUGGUGGUGGACGUUUAUAUUCACUAUGUACGAAUGCAGUUCGCGGCAAUGAAGUCGAUGGCAGCAAGCGAUUACCGUGCGCUGCACGCGCUUUUAGGAUCAGUCUUGUUUUUGAAAUAUACUCGUAAAUUGUAAAAGAAAGCUACACAAACACCAUACAUAUUUUGGUUUACAUGAAUAACCUAUACUAAGAACUAACGGAACCGUCUAUAACUUUUACUUGAAACACUAAAGACCGUUGUUUUGUAAACAAAAACUAUCAAAACUAAUUUUAAUCUCGGGCAUAAAGUAGAUUCUGCACAAUCAAAAGCAGAACCUCUAUGCUUGAGUAUAACGAGUUUUGAGCUUUGUCCUGUAAUAAUACGGACCUAAGACUAAGCAAAGCAGAAUAGCCGUCCCCGAGCGACUCUUUGCACGCGGUACCUACCAUGUAGUCCUAUCUAAACUCAUCGUGAUGAGACACUUACGGAUUGUAAACCAAUACACCCUUAUUAAAGUUACACCUAGGAUGAACUCUGGAUUAAAAUGACAUUUCCAUACUAAAUCACAACUUAAGCCAGAGUUCAACUAGCGUGUAACUUUUAUUGAUAAGGCCCAUAGGGACCAACUCUACCAAAUUCAAUAAUUUAAAUUUUACACAUUUUACCUGUCCAUUGCAUAAAACCACGAAGGCCUGUGCAUGCAGCAGGCCUCUUACAAAUCCGCACGUUUUGCAUUACAUUAUUACGUGAAAAUGGGAAUUUACCUUAACUACUAACCCCUGGGCCACACACAUCGCGAUUUUCACACCACCACACACAUCGUCACACCUUCGGGAACGAAGUUUAGCGACUAUGCAAAAAACUCCGAUAAUAAUAAGUACUACGUACAGAAGUUUUACUUCGCGAAGGUAUUUAAAAAAAUGUAUGCUCAAUGUCAUUAACAAUAUGGUGUAAUUUAGCCUGUCUCAAGAGUCAAGCACCAUUUUGUUGACAAAUGUCAGUUAUCGGCACUGCGCCGAAGCUAUAGGGCUGACUUCGGUAAAAUGAUGUGACGUGAGGUGCCAAACUGCGGAAAAUGGCGGAGGAAAUACAUGAUUUAGCAUUAAUUAUCAUGAAUAAUAUUAACUACUUAUUUACCUCUCAGUGUCUUGAGGCAACUUAAAAAAGUACAUUCUGUCUUUUUAUUAUUAUUUAGGCAGUUAAAUACUGCACAGUAUUUAGUACACCAUUUUCUUUAUUUUCUUCCAUCAUACACAAGAAUACGCGUGCGUGAGUCAAUGUUCGCUCGUAUGUGAGGCCUUGUCGAAUAGUAUCCUGUAGGUGGGUCAUCGUGCGUGUUUUGUUUUCGAUGUAAACUCGCGGAGAUGAACAGGCCUGGCUGUACGUACACAUCGCCAUAGAGCGAAUCUUCGGGUUAUCGCGAUGUAUGUGGUCCAGGAUAAUACUGUAACGUUACAGCAUGUUGGAGAAACAUUUAUGACGGUGACGAUUAGGUAGGUAGAGUGAUGUUCGCAGUCUGAUCCCAAGAAUGCAAAGAUUUGAUGAUAAAUUCUAAUAGUAUUUCAUCUACUUUGCGAACGUGGCCUAUGUCAAUCCACUUCAUACCCGUACGCAUAAAUGCACCACCAAUGUCUUUUAAAUUAUGUGAACAUGUAUCUUCAGAAGGAUUUGCUCCACAAAAUAUUUGCGCCUGGCAGCACCAUACAUUAUUAUUUAUCGUAAGUUCGUCCCCCAGAAUUCAUAGCAAUAAUACCUAUUAGUUUUUUAAUUCGGUCUUGUUAAAGAUUAUUCAAAGCACACAAAAAUGUCUUUCAGGCCACAAAAUACACCAUUAUUUUGUAAAUCGUUUUAUAAUAUGAUGCAGUUUCGUUAUAUGAGUUGCUAUCAUGGAAUAGGAACGUUCUGUUCCUUAUUAAAGCGUGUUUAUCUGUUUGUCAUAAUCUGCUGACAUCCGAAUUUUCUUCAUGCUAGAAAGUCAAAAAUUUAAAAUAUUUUGUGGAGUAAAGCCUUACAUUUCAAAAUAAUGUAAACUCCAUUAUUGCACUUGCCACCGUAACAACACAGAGUGAUAUCGGUGUAUAAAUAUUGGUUAGUAUUAGUGGAAUGCUUGUGUAAGUAUUAUGAAGAAUUUGUUGAUUGUAUAAGCACAGAAUGUGACAACCCAAUUAGGUAGUCGUGCUAUAAAAUUACGUCCCAUAACAUGAAAUAAAUGCUGUGAAUGUAUACAACAUCAUGAAAUAUACUUUCAUUCGUGUUAAA